AUGAUGCCCCCUCGAGUCCUCAUUUCAGGUCUCCUACUCCUUCUCUCAGCUGCUGUGGAUUCCUUCCCGGAAGUGCAUGGAGUGGUGGGUCAGCCUGUCACAUUGCCAUGUAUGUAUCCAGUGUCUAAUGAAUUAGAGUCCGUGUGCUGGGGCCGAGGCGAAUGUGCUUCUGAUACGUGUGGACAAACACUUGUCUGGACUGAUGGAAACCAAAUCUAUCAGACAAGCAGUCGUUACCAGAUCAACGCGCAGCUUCUUCAAGGAAAUGCAUCCUUGACCAUCGAGGACACCUAUGAGAGUGACAGCGGUCUCUACUGCUGCCGAGUGGAAAUGAAGGGAUGGGAUGGUGUGCAGACACUGACCACCUCACUGCAGGUUCAACCAGUUGGGACUGAGACUGUGACAUCUUCAAACCACCCUUGGAAUAACCACACUGAAGUGGUCCCUACGGAAACUCCCCUGAAGAUCCCCAUUAGGGGUCUCUGUAUUGGAAUCUCUGUGUCUGCCUUCUUGCUGAUCCUUGCGAGCAUCCCAACUGUCAUACAGUGCAGACACAGAAGAAAGAAGAGCCAAGAGAGCAACUCUGAAUGCGGCUCAGUUUCCUUCCAUGUUUAUCACAACGAAGCUUUUCAAAGUAUAGCGCAACUCCCAGCUGAAGAUGUAGUCUACGUCACUGAAGACAGUGCUCACCCAAGGGUUAAAUCCCAGUUGCCCUUGGAGAUGACAACAUUCCAAACCUGCAGAAGGAAGUGAUGGACUGUAACUGCGCUGAGAAUUCUUUGAGCUGCAGGGCUGUUUUCUGUAUCAGUUUAUCUCAGGAUCCCACUUCCUGGCAGUGGGGAGCAUGGCCAUAGUAAUCCAGGAAAUGGCCGUCUAUCUUACUAAAAAGACGGGAGUAUAAGUGUAUGUACAUGUGUGUGUGUGUGUGUGUGUGUGUGUGUGUGUGAAUGUAUUUAAAUGUAUAUGUACAUAUAUAUGGCCUUCUAUCUUACUAAAGUCAUUAAAAGGACAGAAAUAUAAGUACAUAUAUAUAUAUGUAUGUGUGUGUGUAUAUAAACAUAAAAUAUUUAAAUAAAUAUGUACAUUUA